AUGAACAACCCUGAACAUAGUCCUGGACUAGAAGAACACAAUCCUGGACUUGAAGAACACAAUCCUGGACUAGAAGAACACAAUUCUGGACUUGAAGAACACAAUCCUGGACUAGAAGAACACAAUCCUGGACUUGAAGAACACAUUUCUGGACUUGAAGAACACAAUCCUGGACUAGAAGAACACAAUCCUGGACUUGAAGAACACAAUCCUGGACUAGAAGAACACAAUCCUGGACUUGAAGAACACAAUUCUGGACUUGAAGAACACAAUUCUGGACUUGAAGAACACAAUCCUGGACUUGAAGAACACAAUUCUGGACUAGAAGAACACAAUCCUGGACUAGAAGAACACAUUUCUGGACUAGAAGAACACAAUCCAGGACUAGAAGAACACAAUCCUGGACUUGAAGAACACAAUCCUGGACUAGAAGAACACAAUCCUGGACUUGAAGAACACAAUCCUGGACUUGAAGAACACAAUCCUGGACCAGAAGAACACAAUCCUUUACUAGAACAACACAAUCCUGGACUAGAACAACACAAUCCUGGACUAGAACAACGCAAUCCUUGA